AUGAAAUGUUUCGAUGCGUCCUUCAUUUCUGACCUGGUUCCAGCCGUGAAACAGAUCGUUGACAUGUUGGAAGAACCUGCUACCGAUUCUGGCAAAAGACGACUACAUGCAUUGAGCUGUGGUGCAACUGGCAGUCAAGAUACACUUCCUCCUCGAGAUACAGAUUCAAGUCACGGUGGUGUAGGCGAGAAUCCGGGUUGGGUUCGUGUGCAGUACUCACAUGAUGGAGAAGACGAUCUUGCUUUGUACUUUCACCUCAUCAAAGUCUUUUAUUCGGAUUCUUCUUUGAUGCGCUGUAUCAAAUACGGGGCUGAGUACAAGUUGGACGGCGGCUACUUCGUCCCCGUCUCCCUACGUGGCUUGCUAUUCAAAGACAUUCGAAUCCACGAGUUAGGACUGCGGCAUGUUCGGUAUCAUUGGGGACAUGUUUACACGAUUUGUCUCGAGCUACGUUCGAUGAUAAUUGAAGAUCCCUACCGACCUCGCAAUGCUCUGGAGAUGCACUGGGAAAGCUUACAACACUGCAAAUCACAGCUGCACAACCAAAACACAACGUUGAGGCUUUCUGUCUGCUUUCCUGCUUAUUUGGAAGUCCUGUCCGGCUUAUCGUUGACAGCACCAAACAUUAUGGCGCUUUUGGAGGAGCUCUCGCCCGCCGUGAUGCUAGUUGCGCAUGGGAAGCCUACAUAUUUUGAGAUGUUCAGAUCCCGCGGUGAUGCCAUCUUCGCUUCCCAGCUGCUCAAGGCCAUUAAGGAACACUCAGCAGUGGAUAUCAACAACAUUCUUGUCCAGCUAAACGGUGGGCCUUUGGACCUGUCUGAUUGGAAAUCUCGUCAAACCUUCAUCAAGAACUUGAUCGACAAGGUUGUCACGUUCAUGCAGACCCUAAUGCCCGCUGAUCCCUCUGUUGAUAUGAUGAAACGUCUUGAAGCAUUGGAACGAGAGAAUGCCGCACUCAAGGCCAAUGCCACAGGUCAGCCCGGCGAAUCCGAACCCGUGCUCCCAGCUCCCGCCGAAACCCCGCGCGGCUCCCCGGGCCAUUUGCCAUCAUCAGAUGACCGAGGUGACAAACCUCCCCCAACCCCAGGCAUCAUACCCGCCAUGUUCCGUACAUCGGCGAACCCCCCAGGCAAACCCCUUGGCAAGUUCAUGUGUGGUGGUAGCAAACCUUUGUUCGAAGACAAUGCCCCCACCUCAGCUACGGGACAGAGCAUUGCACCUUGGUUAAAGAAACAAUUUGACUCCAACCAGAAGAUGAAGAAUUUCGACGUCAUCCACAGGGAGGUUGAGGAAGCCUACAACCAGUUGGAUGCCGGAAAUCAACCACAGUUAGGCAAGCUUUUGGUCGGUUGGGGCUUAGAUGUGCAACUUACUGCGAAACUUACACAUGCGAAUGCUUUGAAGCUGCUGGCUGCCGCUCAUGCCCUUCGGGAGUGA